AUGAGGCCUAUUAUUCUACAUGGUCAUCAAAGACCAAUAACCAGGCUUUGUUACAAUCGUGAUGGGGACUUAAUAUUCACCGCAGCUAAAAAUACUGUGGUCAAUGUGUGGUUUAGCGCCAACGGUGAGCGUUUGGGUAGUUUCAGUGGACAUGAUGGUGUGAUUUGGUGGCUGGAUCCUGAUUGGCGAACAGAAAAUUUGUUGACAGCCUCUGGAGACUAUCACGGAAAGCUGUGGGACAUAAGCACUGGCAAAUGUUUGAGCGAUUAUGAAGCUCAAGCACCCGUGAGAACUUGCGGAAUUUCCUUCUGUGGAAAUCUUUGUUUUUUGACGACGGAUGAGGCUAGAGUUGAUGGGAAAAGCAAGAAAUGUGAGAUCAUCGUGUUGGAUAAACGUGACCCGUCUCACUCCUCCGGUAACCCGCGGUACAGAAAUAUGUCCUUUUCUGCUUCAGUCAAGAUCCACGCUAGUACGAAUUCUCCAGUACGGGUAAAGCCGGAUCACUUAAUGCAAACGAAAGUCACGACCAACGCAAGUCACAUGGACAGCAAACUGUCCUCUUCCCCGGUAGGAGCCACAAGAUGCCAGCUUCGAGUACUAGCCAUAUGUGAUCAGUUUGACAAGAAAAGAUCUAAGCCGAAGCCUGUGGCGAUCACCGCUAGGCUGCACCACACCGUGAAACACUGUUGUUGGGAAAAUCAUACUAUACUGCGCCAUCAGCUGACUGACAUACAUAAGAUCGUGGUCAUCGCCCGGGCAUAA